AUGAAGGAGGCCACAAAGAAGAAAGCGCUUCCGCCGAAGAGCGGGAAAGGCUCAAAGAAGGAUACGAAGGUCCAACCGCCGCCAGGAAAGAAAUCGCACCUGAGUGCGGAGACCAUUGACGACAGCGACAGCAGCGACGCCGAAACUGGAGCUGAGACAAACAAGCUUGAAACACCUACUAUCAAGAAACCGAUCGUAUCGACAACGAGGGUUGAGCCGCCGAAGCCGAAGUCGAAGCUCAAUGGACACAUCGAGAAGACUUCGAACCAAAAAAAGCCGGUGAAUGGUACAACAAAGCCCAAGAGCUCGGAAGCUCCUUUAGUGGACAGUGACAGCGAUAGCAAUAACGGAACAGAAAAGAGUCGGUCGGAAAGCGACGGUGCCGGUGCGAAAGACAGUGGAAGCGAUAGCGACGGAGACAGCGAGAGCGGGGUGGACGAGAGUGACGUUGCAGAGGAGAGGCCGAUUGCCCAGUAUAGUCGAUCUGCACCCGCUCGAAGCCACACAGUCCAGCUUCAGGCCGCUCGUCCCUUUGAACCUCCGAAAAGCUUCAAUGCUGUGUCAGCACGUCUAGCACCGUCGUCGAAUGUGAUGAAACUCUUCAAUCAAGGCAGCGUGUCCGAGAAGCAAAUAUGGCACGUUACAGUCCCCGCAGGAGUUUCGAUUGACUCCCUGAAGGAGGUUUCGUACAGCAAAAUCGCAAAUGGCGACGCGGUCAUAACCCACAAGGGUACUGAAUACGGGUUUAAGACCCAAAGGAAGGGAGAGGAAGGCAACACUAGAGUCAUGUUGCCAGGCCAUGAAGGUUAUAAAGCAGUCCCUGCACCAAUAGCACGCUCCCUCAAUCUCCAGCAAAUCGUUCAGUUGCCAAAACUCAGCUCGGCGCAAGUGAAUCAAAGAAAGGGCUCCAAGACUCCCUCUACUAUAGCUCCAAGGGCACAGCCAAAGGGGCUUCGAAUGCGAUUUCUUCCGUCUGGGUUUGGUGAUGUGGAACCAGGGAUAAUCGGCUCAUCAGACAGUGAGGCUGAGGCGAGGAAACCGAACAGUGCCAAUGGCCUCCAUCGGCCCGAGAAACGAAAACACGAAGAUACGAAUGGAGACCGACAUGAGAGACCGAAGAAGGCUAAGAAGUCCAAGGACCCAGAACACGAGAAACGGAAAGCGGAGAAGAAGGCUCGGAAAAGAAAAAGAGAAGAAGCCAGGGUGGGCGCAUGA